AUGGAGCACCCACGUCGUUCUGCCCAAAUGGAGAACUCGCCGGUCUCGCUCGGCUCUUCUUUGCGUGCUGAUAUCAACCUAACCAACCAACUUUCUGCACUUCUGGACCGGGCACAUGAUGACGCUGUAAUCCGACAACUGAGUCUAGAUGACUCUUUAUCCGCAGAACAUAUUCUUCUCAGAGUUCUCACUCCAGACUCAGGUACAAGUACAACCUCUUCCUUCGCGCAUUUCCAGCAAAGUCAACAAGCUCUCACUUCAGUUGGCUAUCGUGUGAUCGGAUUCGGGCAGUGCGGUCUUGUUCUUGAGCGACCUGGACAAAAGUACGUGCUGAAAAUUGCCAAACCAUCAUAUGAAGACACUUUGUGGGAUGACUUUGAGGCGCAUUUCAAUGUGCGACGAGCUUUUGACCUGGAGCAGAACAAAAACAUCGAAUGUCGUGUUCCCCAACUCUUCUCUUACGUUUCAAAGGACAACCAAAAGUGGUGGCAGGAGAAUAUUCCUUUUUUCCCAGCUGUUCAUGAAUCAGUCCCGCUUCCAGCCAUGGCUUUGGUCAGUCAGCGAAUUCUCCCAUUACCAAAAGUUGGACGGCAAGCUCUGAUCGAUAAAUACUGUCCAGAGCCAUCUCGUGCCCUUGCGGCCUUGAAUGACAAGAACCGUGAUUGUCUAGCUCGUGUUUACUUGGGCCGGCGCCGCCUCCUCGAUACCCUGUCUGCAAACUUCACAUUACGCAACUUCAACCUCCAUCUAGACCAAAUGGUCGAGCUGAAACUUCCCGUCAAAUACUUUGCGAGUGCAAUGGGUGAAGCUCUGGCAGUUAUUCAUUGGUCCGCGCAUGUGGAUGGGUAUGAUAUUGAAUUUGUCCUAGGAAGUGAAGGCGACACUACCUACUCACACGGUCUUUCCGUUUCGAUCAGACCUGAGUUCACUCCACAGCGCUUAGCCACCAUGCAGCGACACACCGAUAUCGAGUCCCUGAUGACAGUCAACUUCAAGCGGCGAACAAUACGUUUAUGGGUACUGGACUUUAAUCUAUGUCAUAUCUGGGAUGAGAUGGCUGCCUUGAACAAUCCCGAGGGGCUUUUCUCGCAUCUUGUCACGUCCUUUUUCGAAAAUGAUCCGUAUUAUCCUCUGCCGCUUAUGGAACACGAUUUAGACCAGGAGCUAUGGGAGAUAUUUAGGGCAAAGUACCUUGAAAAAGCGGGGCUGAUUUUGCACGAAAGCAAUGCUGAUUCCCGACUGGCUAACCUCCCCCCGAAGUUCAUCGAUGGUUGUGUUCUGAGAGAGAGAGAGAAUCUACUACAGGGUUGUGGCCAUGGUUAUCGUCAAACAAAGUAG